AUGGAUCGAGGUGUGCUGACUAGGACCAGUAGUGGCUACAGGGCCCUCAAGCAGACCGAAACCUCUCCACCUCUGCCCCCCAAGGGCCUGAUGGACCCUCCAAAGGCGAAAGGUUUCACCCUUUUGCUCCUCUUCAGCGUCUACAUUGUGACGCUUGGUCCUCUGCUCUUCGGAUACCACUUGGGAGAGCUCAAUGCCCCUCAAAAGGUCAUCACUUGCCAGAACGACCAGCUCCCCGGAUAUGUCGCUCUCGGGCUUCCUCGGUGCAUUCCAAUGAAUUCUUUCCAAUGGGGAAUGGUCCAGUCCAUGUUUACUGUCGGAGGGUUCUUCGGGGCCAUCGUGAGCGGCGCCGUGGCUACAAGAUUCGGCCGGCUGUUUGCUUUGAGAUGGGCGACUUUUUUCCUGGCCGGCGGACCUAUUGCUGAAGCCCUCGCGGGUAGAAUAUGGCUGAUGGCCAUGGGCAGGGCUCUCUCUGGCCUGGGAGCCGGUGCUGCCACUGUCGUAUCACCAAUGUAUGUUUCCGAGGUGGCGCCGCCAAACCGUCGUGGCUUCUUCGGAGCUUUCACCCAAGUGCAGAUCAACUUUGGCAUCGUUGUGGCACAGCUGCUCGGCUUUUUCCUGUCCAAGUCCAAUCAGUGGCGCUGGGUGCUGGCCACCGGCGGCUUCAUUGCCGGGCUCAUGCACGUUGGCCUUAUGCUCACGCCGGAAACCCCCAAGUGGCUUGCGGCAAACAAUCGGCCGCGGAUGGCACGGGGUAUUCUACAGCGCCUCAGAGGGAAAGCCACCGAUAUUCAGGAUGAGAUUGAGGACUGGGAGAUGUCGGGGGAAGCGGAAGAGGAAAGCCUCCUUGGACCCCCAACGGGCCCGCGCCCAUGCAAAGAACCAAGCCGAUCCAUCAUCGACGUAAUCAAAAUGCCACAGUAUCGACGACCAUUGCUUGCGGUGACGGGUACCAUGAUGGCUCAACAGCUCUGCGGUAUCAACAGCGUUGUCAUGUACAGUGUCGCCAUUCUGGGCAGCGUCAUGCCCAAGCACGCUGGCCUGGUUACCGUCAUCGUCUCGGCAGUAAAUGUGCUCGUCACAUUGAUGGCGGCACCUUUACCAGACAUAUUUGGCCGAAAACCCUGUCUCCUUAUUUCAAUUAUAGGGAUGGGGUCGGCGUCGGGGAUGCUGUACGCCGGACUAGCAACGCAUAUUCAACCCCUCAUGAUCGUGGCCAUUGGGCUAUUCGUGGCCAGUUUUGGGAUCGGGCUUGGACCCGUCCCUUUCAUCCUAGCGAGUGAACUGGUCGGACCUGAAGCCGUUGGAGCUGUCUCCAGCUGGGCUCUUGCAGCCAACUGGUUGUCGACAUUCUUGGUGGCGAUGUUCUUCCCAGUCUUGAACAAGGCGCUUCAAAGCAACGUGUGGUGGAUUUUCGUGGGCGUUGCUGUGUUUUGGGCGAUAUUCGUCGCCGUGUUUGUGCCCGAAAGCAAAGGCAAGCCCAAUCCGGAUGAAGUGUGGCGAAGGAAGAAGCGCUAUGACUGCUCUGCUGUUGCUGAUCAAGCCUCAGCACGACGUGGUUGUUCAGAUCUUGCUGUCGAUCGAGCUGUCAACACGUCGCUGCUCCGAAGUGUCACGAGUGCCUACAGUGUCUACGCUCCUGUACCACCCACCAUCGCCCAUGGCCCAUCGAGUCAAGCAACGCUCCACGACCUUCCCGUGAGUGGAGAAUGGGCCGACCGGCAUUGCCUUGACAUUGCCGAAGACGGCGUCACCAGCAAGCUCCUGCCCCCGCAUUUCCAGCAUCCUGGUGAAGCCUCUCCACAGAGUUCUACUCGGACCAAACAAAACAUUGCAAUAGCUAGUUAG